CAAACUUUUUCCUCCCCAUCCUGUCGCGCCGGGGAAGGAAUGGAAGAUGGCGGCCUAGGCGCAGAGUUUCCUGCCCGAGCAGCGGCGGCGGCGGCUCCCGGGGGCUGCGGCCGGCGCCACCAUGACGCGCUGGGUUCCCACCAAGCGAGAGGAGAAGUACGGCGUGGCUUUUUAUAACUAUGACGCUAGGGGAGCAGAUGAACUGUCUCUACAAAUAGGAGACACUGUGCACAUCCUAGAAACUUAUGAAGGGUGGUACAGAGGCUACACCUUAAGGAAAAAGUCUAAGAAGGGUAUAUUUCCUGCUUCAUAUAUCCAUCUUAAAGAAGCAAUUGUUGAAGGAAAAGGGCAACAUGAAACUGUCAUCCCAGGGGACCUCCCCCUCAUACAGGAAGUCACCACAACUCUUCGAGAGUGGUCCACCAUCUGGAGGCAACUUUAUGUGCAGGAUAAUCGGGAGAUGUUUCGAAGUGUACGACACAUGAUCUACGACCUUAUCGAGUGGCGGUCACAAAUCCUUUCUGGAACACUGCCCCAGGAUGAGCUCAAAGAGCUGAAGAAGAAGGUCACAGCCAAAAUUGAUUAUGGAAACAGAAUUCUUGAUUUGGACCUGGUGGUGCGGGAUGAAGAUGGGAACAUUUUGGAUCCAGAACUGACCAGCACCAUUAGUCUCUUUCGAGCACAUGAAGUAGCUUCUAAACAAGUGGAGGAACGACUACAGGAAGAGAAAUCUCAAAAGCAAAAUAUAGACAUCAACAGACAAGCAAAGUUUGCAGCAACCCCAUCUCUGGCCUUGUUUAUUAACCUCAAAAAUGUGGUUUGUAAAAUCGGAGAAGAUGCAGAAGUCCUCAUGUCUCUUUAUGACCCCAUGGAGUCCAAAUUCAUCAGUGAAAACUACCUGGUUCGUUGGCCCAGUUCAGGAUUACCGAAAGAUAUUGAUCGGUUACAUAACUUGCGUGCUGUGUUUACGGAUCUUGGGAGCAAAGACCUGAAAAGGGAGAAAAUCAGUUUCGUCUGCCAGAUUGUCCGAGUUGGUCGCAUGGAGCUGAGGGACAGCAACACCAGGAAGCUGACUUCUGGGCUGCGGCGUCCUUUUGGCGUGGCUGUGAUGGACGUAACAGACAUAAUAAAUGGAAAAGUAGAUGAUGAAGAUAAACAGCACUUCAUUCCUUUCCAGCCGCUCGCGUUGGACGACGCCAUUCGACACAAGCCGCUGAACAUGUCAUCCCGUUUCUCACCCAGGGUGGCAGGGGAGAAUGACUUCCUUCAAACUGUCAUAAACAAAGUCAUUGCAGCCAAAGAAGUCAACCACAAGGGGCAAGGUUUGUGGGUAACCUUGAAAUUGCUUCCUGGAGACAUACAUCAGAUUCGGAAGGAAUUUCCUCACUUGGUGGACAGGACCACAGCUGUGGCCCGCAAGACCGGGUUUCCAGAGAUUAUCAUGCCAGGUGAUGUUCGAAAUGAUAUCUAUGUGACAUUAGUUCAAGGGGACUUUGAUAAAGGCAGUAAAACGACUGCAAAGAAUGUGGAGGUGACAGUGUCUGUCUACGAUGAAGAUGGGAAGCGAUUGGAGCAUGUGAUUUUCCCUGGUGCUGGUGAUGAGGCGAUCUCAGAGUACAAAUCAGUGAUUUAUUACCAAGUGAAGCAGCCUCGAUGGUUUGAGACCCUUAAGGUGGCCAUCCCCAUUGAGGAUGUGAACCGGAGUCACCUUCGAUUUACCUUCCGCCAUAGAUCCUCGCAGGACUCUAAGGAUAAAUCAGAGAAAAUCUUCGCACUGGCCUUUGUGAAGCUGAUGAGAUACGAUGGGACCACUCUGAGAGACGGGGAACAUGACCUUAUUGUCUACAAGGCAGAAGCCAAAAAGCUGGAAGAUGCAGCUACAUAUUUGAGCCUCCCUUCUACCAAGGCGGAAUUGGAAGAAAAGGGCCACUCGGCCACAGGCAAGGGCAUGCAGAGUCUUGGGAGUUGCACCAUCAGCAAGGACUCUUUCCAGAUCUCCACGCUGGUGUGCUCCACCAAGCUGACCCAGAACGUGGAUCUCCUGGGGCUGCUGAAGUGGAGAUCCAACACCAACCUUCUACAGCAGAACUUGAGACAGUUGAUGAAGGUGGACGGUGGUGAGGUGGUGAAGUUCCUGCAAGACACCUUGGAUGCCCUCUUCAACAUCAUGAUGGAGAACUCUGAGAGUGAGACGUUUGAUACCUUGGUGUUUGAUGCUCUGGUCUUUAUCAUUGGACUAAUCGCAGAUAGGAAAUUUCAGCAUUUUAAUCCCGUUUUGGAGACUUACAUUAAGAAACACUUCAGCGCAACCUUGGCCUACACGAAGCUGACCAAGGUGUUACGGACCUACGUAGCCAGUGCCGAGAAGCCAGGAGUCAAUGAGCAGCUGUACAAAGCCAUAAAAGCCUUGGAGUACAUCUUCAAGUUCAUCGUGCGCUCACGGGUACUGUUCAACCAGCUGUAUGAAAACAAGGGGGAGGCCGAGUUCGUGGAGUCCUUGUUGCAGCUGUUCCGGUCCAUCAACGAUAUGAUGAGCAGCAUAUCAGAGCUCACAGUCAGGGUGAAGGGUGCAGCACUGAAGUACUUGCCAACCAUCGUCAAUGACGUGAAGUUGGUGUUUGAUCCCAAGGAGCUCAGCAAAAUGUUCACGGAAUUCAUCCUGAAUGUUCCUGCGGGCUUGCUGACUGUCCAGAAGCUCUACUGCAUGAUCGAGAUUGUUCACAGUGAUCUCUUCACACAGCAUGACUGCAGAGAGAUCCUGCUCCCCAUGAUGACAGACCAGCUCAAGUACCACCUGGAGAGGCAGGAGGACCUGGAGGCAUGCUGCCAGCUGCUCAGCAACAUCCUGGAGGUGCUCUACCGGAAGGAUGUGGGGCCAACUCAGAGGCAUGUCCAGAUCAUCAUGGAGAAACUUCUUAGGACAGUGAACCGGACAGUCAUUUCCAUGGGUCGAGAUUCGGAACUCAUCGGGAACUUUGUGGCUUGCAUGACAGCUAUUUUGAGGCAGAUGGAAGACUACCAUUAUGCCCACCUGAUCAAGACCUUUGGGAAAAUGAGGACAGAUGUCGUGGAUUUUCUGAUGGAGACAUUCAUCAUGUUUAAGAACCUCAUUGGGAAGAACGUCUACCCCUUUGACUGGGUGAUAAUGAACACCAUGCAGAACAAAGUCUUCCUGCGUGCAAUUAAUCAGUAUGCAGAUAUGCUGAACAAGAAAUUUCUGGAUCAAGCCAACUUUGAGCUGCAGCUGUGGAACAACUAUUUUCACCUGGCUGUGGCUUUCCUCACUCAAGAGUCCUUGCAGCUGGAGAAUUUUUCAAGCGCUAAGAGAGCCAAAAUCUUCAACAAGUACGGAGACAUGAGGAGGCAGAUUGGCUUCGAGAUCAGAGACAUGUGGUACAACCUGGGUCAACACAAGAUAAAAUUCAUCCCAGAAAUGGUCGGCCCAAUAUUGGAAAUGACAUUGAUCCCUGAAACAGAGCUUCGGAAAGCCACCAUCCCCAUCUUCUUUGACAUGAUGCAGUGUGAGUUCCACUCCACCCGGAGCUUCCAAAUGUUCGAAAAUGAGAUCAUCACUAAGCUGGAUCAUGAAGUGGAAGGAGGCAGAGGAGACGAGCAAUACAAAGUGUUAUUUGAUAAAAUCCUCCUGGAGCACUGCAGGAAGCAUAAAUACCUCGCCAAGACAGGGGAAACUUUCGUGAAGCUCGUGGUGCGGCUGAUGGAGAGGCUCCUGGACUACAGGACCAUCAUGCAUGACGAAAACAAAGAGAAUCGCAUGAGCUGCACAGUCAACGUGCUGAAUUUCUACAAAGAAAUUGAAAGAGAAGAGAUGUAUAUAAGGUACUUAUACAAGCUCUGUGACCUGCACAAAGAGUGUGACAACUACACAGAAGCAGCUUACACCUUGCUUCUCCACGCAAAGCUUCUAAAGUGGUCGGAGGACGUGUGUGCAGCCCAUCUCACUCAAAGGGACGGGUUUCUGGCAACAACGCAAGGACAGCUGAAAGAGCAACUCUACCAAGAAAUCAUCCACUACUUUGACAAAGGCAAGAUGUGGGAGGAGGCCAUCGCCCUGGGCAAGGAACUUGCAGAGCAGUAUGAAACGGAGAUGUUUGAUUAUGAACAGCUGAGUGAAUUGCUGAAAAAGCAAGCUCAAUUUUAUGAAAACAUCGUCAAAGUGAUAAGACCCAAGCCGGACUAUUUUGCUGUUGGCUAUUAUGGGCAAGGGUUCCCUUCCUUCCUCCGGGGAAAAGUGUUCAUUUACCGAGGAAAAGAAUAUGAGCGGCGGGAAGAUUUUGAAGCUCGCCUAUUAACUCAGUUCCCCAAUGCUGAGAAAAUGAAGACGACGUCUCCACCAGGGGAGGACAUUAAGAGUUCUCCUGGCCAGUACAUCCAGUGCUUCACAGUGAAGCCCAAGCUAGAUUUGCCCCCAAAAUUUCACCGGCCAGUAUCUGAACAAAUUGUAAGUUUUUACAGGGUGAAUGAGGUCCAACGAUUUGAAUAUUCUCGGCCCAUCCGGAAAGGGGAGAAAAACCCAGACAAUGAAUUUGCGAAUAUGUGGAUUGAGAGAACCAUCUACACUACAGCCUAUAAGUUGCCAGGAAUUUUAAGGUGGUUUGAAGUCAAAUCUGUCUUCAUGGUAGAGAUCAGCCCCCUGGAGAAUGCCAUCGAGACGAUGCAGCUGACCAAUGACAAGAUCAGCAGCAUGGUCCAGCAGCACCUGGAUGACCCGGGCCUUCCCAUCAACCCUCUGUCCAUGCUCCUGAAUGGCAUUGUAGAUCCUGCCGUUAUGGGUGGCUUUGCCAAUUAUGAGAAGGCUUUCUUCACGGACAGAUACUUGCAGGAACAUCCUGAGGCCCAUGGGCAGAUAGAGAAGCUCAAGGACCUGAUAGCCUGGCAGAUUCCAUUCUUGGCUGAAGGGAUCAGGAUUCACGGAGACAAAGUCACCGAGGCACUGAGGCCAUUCCACGAACGCAUGGAAGCCUGCUUCAAGCAGCUGAAGGAAAAAGUUGAAAAGCAGUAUGGUGUCAGGACCAUGCCCUCAGGUCUGGAUGACAGGAGAGGCAGCCGGCCACGAUCCAUGGUGCGGUCCUUCACCAUGCCAUCAUCCUCCCGGCCUCUUUCCGUGGCUUCAGUCUCUUCCCUUUCCUCCGACAGCACCCCUUCCAGGCCAGGCUCGGAUGGGUUUGCUCUAGAACCUCUGUUGCCGAAGAAGAUGCACUCCAGGUCCCAGGACAAACUGGAUAGGGACGAUCCAGAUAAGGAGAAGAAGGACAAGAAGAAGGAGAAAAGGAAUAGCAAACACCAAGAGAUAUUUGAUAAGGAAUUCAAGCCCGUAGACAGCUCCUUGCAGCAGUCUGAGGCAGUGAUCCUUUCUGAAACGAUAAGUCCCCUGCGGCCCCAAAGACCCAAGAGCCAGGUGAUCAAUGUCAUUGGAAGUGAAAGGCGUUUCUCUGCGUCUCCAGCAUCACCGUCCUCCCAGCAGACACCCCCUCCAGUCACACCAAGAGCCAAGCUUAGCUUCAGCAUUCAACCCAGUCUGGAGUUGAACGGCAUGACAGGGAUGGAUGUGGCGGAUGUCCCACCCCCUCUGCCUCUCAAAGGCAACAUGGCAGAUUAUGGAAAUCUGAUGGAAAACCAGGAUUUGAUGGGCUCACCCACAUCUCCACCUCCUCCUCCCCCACAGCGGCAACAGCCACCUCCACUGCCCAGCAAAACGCCACCUCCUCCCCCUCCGAAGACUACCCGAAAGCAGACCUCAGUGGACUCCGGGAUCGUGCAGUGAAUGCCCUGGGAUGAGAAAGCUACCCUCCUUCCUCCCUUUUACAUCUGCUGUGCCUGCGAUUACCUCCUCCAGGACCGGGGAUGCCUCACCUUAGUGUGAAUGCUUUUCCUGGAAAGGAGUCCUUCCUAGCCAUGGGACCAGAGGCCCUGAGUAUCUCAGAGUGCAGUGGGAAUGGGGCCCAGUCAUACAUACUCUGGAUUUUAUUUUGAAGUUGGGGCCUCUGAGCCUGUCAGCCUUUCAGAUGGCCUCAGUCUUGCCCUGAUACCCUUUCCUGUGUGCCAAAUGACUUGUAUUCAUUUGCAGGGAGCUUGGCUCAUGUGACUUAGCCAAGUGGGAGGGAUGAGGUCAACUCUCCUCCCCCACUCCCACCUUGAGAAGCUAUGCAGUAAACUUAUGAGGAUCCUUACACAUCCUAGGAAGCCCAGACUCUAGCUCACCCCCAUGGGCUGACUGCUCCACCCAUUCUCCCUGCAUCCGUGGUGUGACCUGUGUGCUUGAGUGAUAUUUCAGCUGACAUCAAGCAAUUACAUGUACCCCUUCCAAGAAGACCUUGAUUUCCCUUGGCAUAAUUUAAAGUAGGGAUGUCUCUCAGUUACUAAAGAGAUACUAAUACAUGGAGUAGAGACACCGUUAAGAAUACCCGAUCAAAUGGAAAAUAAAUACGAGUAUAGGAUUUUCAUUCGUUUUUAAGUAUGGCCCCAUACACCACCGGAGGUGGUUUUAAGUGAGUGGCUUCUCUGUGUUCUCAUUGUGUACAGAAGUUUGUAUAUACGGUGGUUCUCAGAGCUCCUAUGAGUGUCUGUGGCCCCUGUUUAUUCUAAUGAGCCUCUGAAAAUGAGCUUCAAUGUGUCUUAUUCAUGUUUAACUGCUGGAAAUAUUUGUUUUUUUUAAAUCCCACAAGUUAAAUUGUUUUCCAGAUUCCCAAGGUCCUGAAGAUGUUGGUGGACAAUGAUUAAAAAAAAAAAAAAAAAGAAAGAAAGAAAAAAAAAAAACUAACUUUGUAUAACCUAAUAUUUUUAUUUGAUCAUCUAUAUUUUUUUAUUCACUAUGAUCAUGAUACUGUUUGUUCUAGGAGAGUACAAAGUUAAUCACUGACAAAUGAAAAAUAAAUGUUAUUUAAAAAGGA